AUCCGCGAGCGAGCAUCUGCAGCGUGCGCGCGCUUUACGCUUUUUGCACACCGGUCCAAACGACAUGGAGGAUCAUUUACACUAAAUCUCAUCAUCAUCAUCUUCAUCAUCUCCAUCCAUAUCACAGUAAAUAUCGGUGUCUCCAUCAGACCUGAGCGGAGCGACACCACCGAGCCCCGGGGACCGCAGGGGGGAGGAGGAGGAGGACCAUGGAGAGGAGCGGAGGAGCGGAGGAGAGGAGAGGAGGUGUGACCCGAUUGUGAUGGCAUUUGCAUUGUAAAAAAAAAAUAAAUAAAUUGGAGCUUCCACAUCCAAUGGCAUCAUCCACACAAAAACCACCUGGCUGAGGGGCGGAGCUUAACAUAUAUCUGUGUGUGGGAGUGUGUGGGAGUAAGGAGGUUGAAGACGAAUAAAAUAUGUGCGUGUGUGUGUGUGAGUGAGAGACUGGUAGACUGCUUAUGUGUUCGUGAUUGUCUAAGUGUGUGUGUGUGUGAGUGUGUGUGUGUAGAGUGGUAGAGAGAGAGAGAGAGAGACCAUGUGGUACACACACCUGCUCUGGCGACCUCUGACCUUCACCUUGGUCCCCUGGUUGCCAUGGUGGUACAUCUCCAUGGCGACGGCCGUGACCUUCCAGCCUACCGUCAACACUGCUCAGGGUCGUCUGCGUGGAAUGCGGGUUGCCGUGGCGACAGAAGGGCUCCGCCCUGUGGACCAGUACCUGGGCGUGCCUUUCGCAGCCCCGCCCACCGGAGUGCGGAGAUUCGCUGUCCCGGAACCGCCUGCGGCUUGGGGAGGUGUGCGUAACGCUACACGAUUUGCUCCGGUGUGUCCUCAGAGCGCCCGUGGCAACGUGCAUGACAUCACCGCACCCGUGUGGGCGACCUUUAACCUCGACACCAUGGCAACAUACCUGCAGGAGCAGAGCGAAGACUGUCUCUACCUCAACCUGUACGUCCCCACACGAGAGAGGAGCGGGCCGAAGCGGGCGGGGGAGGAGGUGGAGGAGGAUGUUUUGCGUGAUGCACGUGACGACCCGUGGCCAGUAAUGUUGUUUAUUCAUGGCGGCUCCUACAUGGACGGGACUGGAAACAUCAUGGACGGCGGUGUGUUAGCUAGCUACGGAAACGUCAUUGUCAUCACACUUAACUACAGAAUAGGAGUGUUGGGAUUCCUAAGCACUGGUGAUCAGGCUGCAAAAGGAAAUUAUGGUCUGUUGGAUCAGAUUCAGGCCCUGCGCUGGAUCAAUAAGAAUAUUGGAUACUUCGGAGGAGAUCCGGGCCGAGUCACCGUGUUCGGGUCCGGGAUCGGAGCGUCGUGUGUCAGUUUGCUCACAUUGUCUCAUCAUUCAGAGGGACUGUUCCACAGAGCGAUUAUUCAAAGUGGCUCUGCCUUGUCCAGUUGGUCAGUGAAUUAUCAGCCGGUGAAAUACACACGCAUGUUGGCUGAGCGAGUGGGCUGUAAUGUACUCGACACACAUGACUUGGUGCUGUGUAUGCAGAAGCGGAGUUACCGGGAGCUGGUGGAGCAGGACAUUCAGCCUGCACGCUUUCAUGUCGCCUUCGGGCCGGUGAUCGACGGUGACCUCAUUCCCGACGACCCAGAAGUGCUAAUGGAGCAAGGCGAGUUCCUCAACUACGACAUCAUGCUGGGUGUCAACCAAGGGGAGGGACUCCGCUUCGUAGAGGGAGUGGUCGAGCCAGAGGAGGGCGGGGUUUCUGGAUCUGAUUUCGACUUCGCUGUUUCCGACUUUGUAGACGGUCUCUAUGGUUACCCAGAAGGCAAAGACACGCUGCGCGAGACGAUAAAGUUCAUGUACACGGACUGGGCGGAUCGCGACAAUCCUGAAACACGACGCAAAACACUUGUCGCCAUGUUUACAGAUCACCAGUGGGUGGAGCCUGCUAUGGUCACGGCUGAUUUGCAUGCACGCUAUGGUUCUCCAACGUUCUUUUACGCAUUUUAUCACCACUGCCAGAGUCCGAUGAAGCCUGCGUGGGCAGACUCCGCCCACGGGGAUGAGAUUCCUUACGUGUUUGGAAUUCCACUUGUCGGACCCACUGAACUUUUCCCUUGCAAUUUUUCCCGCAAUGACAUCAUGCUGAGUGCCGUAGUCAUGACGUAUUGGACCAACUUCGCCAAGACCGGAGACCCGAAUAAGCCUGUUCCUCAAGACACAAAGUUCAUCCACACAAAAGCAAACCGCUUUGAGGAGGUGUCGUGGUCAAAGUACAGCCCUGAGGAUCAGCUUUACCUGCACAUCGGCCUCAAACCGCGGGUACGAGAUCAUUACCGCGCAACGAAAGUCGCUUUCUGGAAGCACCUGGUUCCUCACCUAUAUAACCUAAAUGACAUGUUCCACUACACCUCCACCACCACCACACGGGCCCCACCCCCACCUGCACAGGCCACUCCUACUGGACCACGCCCACCAAGGCGCCCUGGCCCGCUGGUCAUCGCUAAUCCUCGCGAUUAUUCCACCGAGCUCAGCGUCACCAUCGCCGUUGGCGCAUCGUUGCUCUUCCUCAACGUCCUAGCAUUCGCUGCCCUCUAUUACCGCAAAGAUAAGCGCAGCCGACAGGCCACACCCCCUCCACGUCAGCCCACGCCACCUCGUCACCAGACCGUGCCCGUGUCCUGUGAGAAAGAUGCAAGAUCGUCGCCAAGGGAUUACACGCUUACGCUCCGCCGCUCGCCGGAUGACGUCCCACUCAUGUCGCCCGACUCGGUCGCCAUGACACCCAACAGUGUGACCAUGACACCGGACUCUGUUUCCAUGACGCCCAGCUCGCUGAUGGGAUUUCCCAGCAUGCACCCCUACAAUACAUUUACACAUGGAUACAACAACGCCGGCCUGCCGCACACACACUCCACAACCAGAGUAUAACAACACACACUAGAACUGGUUCCAACUCAUUUCAGCAGCUAAAACACACACACACACACACACACACACACACACACACACCUAUUUACGGUUUAACCCGUUCAAACCACGUAGGUACUAAUCUAUCCAAUAUGGUGAAAAAUUUAUUGUACAAAAUAACUUAAGUGCCAAGAUGGAGGAUAAACGCAUCACUGAACCGUGACAUCAGCGUAGGUUAGCCGUAGAAAUGCUUUCUUACAUCACGUUACUUAUUUAUCGUGUAUUCACACUCAGUGUGGUGCAGAGUAUAAACACAAUAUCUUAUGGAAUGUUUUUGUCUACAUUUUAUACAUAUUUAAAAUUAUUCUAAUUAUGCUAGGCUAGUUAAUUAGUUAUACUUCUCUAAAAAACACGACUUUUCUACCGACCUUGCUAACCAAGCUAACUAGCACUCGUAUUGACUUGUUCUGUAGACGUUCUUUUUAUUAUUGGUGAUGAUUAUUAAUUUGUAAGAGUUCGCAGUGUUUUUUUGGGAGAGCACCCCCUGUAGGUUAAAGUGAUGUUAAAACCAGUAAACAUUGCUGUUCACGUGCAUAACACUGUAAUUAUAAUUCCUCUCGCUAAACUGUUAGGUAGCUAACUAACCUUUAUUUUCUUACACAGCCAUAUUAAGUCAUGUUUUCAAACACAUUCAGUUUCAGGUGGUCUUCAUUCAAUCCUCUGUGUGUUAGCAGUAACACCAAGAAAGCGCCCCUGCAGCUUCAAACUGCCACAAUAAACCCAGAGUGUACCCAAAAUCCACCAUUAAGACUCAGCAGUUAACAUUAAAAACGUGUGAUGGCUGAACUGGUGUUGGGUAUUGAACGUAACAACAAGAAGCAUCUGUUUGAUGGCGUUUGAUGGAGAACGUUGGUGUUUUAAUAGAAAAUGUUGGUCUUUGAUGAACAAUGUUGGUGUUUGAUGGAGAAUGUCGGUGUUUGAUUGAGAAUGUUGGUGUUUAAUGAAGGAUGUCUGUGUUUAAUGGGGAAUGUCGGUGUGUGAUGGAGGACGUGGAAUUGGUGAGCUCUGGGUUUAACAUGCUGGGGGCAGUAGAUGGGGCUCGACUAAUCACACUCUUCUUUUUUUGCUCAGUAAGUCAGGAAAAUGGUUGUAAAUUGUGAUUGGUUAAUGCAGGUCAGAACAUGUAACAUUUGCUAAUACACAUAAACAUGUUUAAACAAGCUAACACACUUUUUUUGAAUGUAAAUGACUAAGAAUUAUAGGAUUGUAGCUGCUCCGUUUGAUGUUUAAACUUCUGAUUGGUUUAGGUUAAGGCUGAGGGGCGGAGUUAGCACUCAUAGCUUUAAUUAUAAUCUCAUGCAUAAUUAUUUAUUAAUUACUGAGAAUUUAUGUGUGCAUCAAGGUGAUGUUUGUAUUUAUUUAAAACAUAAGACACACAUGCACGCACACACAGACACAAACACAGACAGACACACACACACACACACAUGAUUUCUGGCUUUCACUCUGGCUUCACAUGUAAACCUGCUGUAGUGCCUCAUGUGGACUGUAGGAGGCGCCCACAGAUCAAAUGCUUCAUUUUAUAGACAAUCAAACAGAAAGAAACGAAACGAGAUGAAACCAGAAGCUGCCAAAAAUCUCCACUGAGACAGUAAUAAUAAUGAAUAAAUAAUAAUGUGUGUUAUAGGAGUAAUAAUUCUGUGUGUAUAUUGUUAGAUAAAAACUUUCUUUUAGUUUUCUCUCUCUCUGAGUAUUUUCACACAAAACCGAUGUUAAAAUAUUUUUCUUCAUAUAUCAGUUCUUCAUGCUUUAAAGUGGUCGAGGCUUUUGGGGUUUUCAUUUUGGAUAAAGCUGAAUAUAAAUGUCACAGUGAAGUGUGUGUGUGUGUGUGUGUGUGUGUGUGUGUGUGUGUGUGUGUAUCAUGACCAUCCAGACUGAAGGUGUAUACACACUCAUGGCAUUUCUGAGCCCAGUGACUGUUGGGUAAUUUUUAAUGAGUCACAUCGUUGACAAUAGAACUGACAUAAUAGCGAACAUGCUAAAACAUGAACGUUUUACAAGCUAGUGUACAUCCUAGCAUUAUGAAAAACAUGCUAACAUGAACUGAGAUUACAGGAAAUAAGGAAACAGGCUAACAUGUCAACUAGCAUUAUGAGAAAUAGAAUAAUGAGUGAAGUAGCAUUACAGGAAACAAGGACACGUGCUAACGUGUAAACUAGCAUUAUAGGAAACAGGGUAACGUGUGACUUAGCAUUAUAGGAAAGAGCAUAGCAUGUUCAAUUAGCAUUCUAUUAAACAGAAUAAUGUGUGAAAUAACAUUACAGGAAGGAAGGAAACAGUCUAACGUAUGAACUAGCUUAAAUACACCGCCGGUCCAAGCAAUAACAUGAGACAAGCGGAAAUGUUAGAAACACAGUGUUCACUUUAACUUGCUGCUACUCCAUUGAAGUGUGUUCCUUCAGAAAAUUGGGUGCAUGAGGUGCUGUGUGUGUGUGUGCGCGUGCUCUAUAUACAUAUAUAUUUAUACAUGUCUAGUUCCAGCAUUUCUAGCUCAUUGUGUCCUUAUGAAUGUCUUCAUGUUCCCAGUCUGAUAAGUUCAGCUUUAUUAUGUUUAGGAACAUUUUUUUUGUAAAAGUUCCUGCUUUGGUUACGUGAGAAACGCCCUUUAGCUUUGUUUAAGAUCUUUUAGAUGUUUAAGAUAUUUAACUAAUUGCAGGCUUUGCGUUUUUUUCAGGACAGAAUUUAUUUAUACAAAUUUAACAUGAAUGUGUGAAUGUAUAAUCAUUCGAGGGCGUCUAUCCGUGUGUGUGUGUGUGUGUGUGUGUGUGUGUGUGUGAGCGCACAACUUAAAACUGUUUUUAUUUCAUCUGAUACACUCAUAGCGUGUCAUCCUGGACUCUCCCGCAGUGGCACUGCUAUGCUGUGUUGUGGUUUAGGCUCCGCCCCCUGUAGAGAAGACGCAGGUCCCAGCUGUAUCUCGGUGGAUUCGGUGCUCAUCAGGAUGGACUGUGUGGAUUAGCAUGUGAUCACUGAUGAAAUAAAAACACUUCUGUGUGGUGCACUUACACUUUGCCACUCUGGUGUUUGUAAAUAAAGGUUUUAUUGGAAUAAACUAUGCUAGGUGUGACAUCACCGAACCGCGGCCCCAUCGCUAACCUGACGGUUUUCUUUUUAAGCAAUGGACAUGAAUGUUGUGCCAAAUUUCUACACGACUUUCUCUCUGAACCAGCAGAAUGAUUGUCUCUCUGUGUGACUGUAAAUACUGAACGCCUUUUUAAACAAUGUACACUGAUUUAUUUUCCUCUCUCACUCUCUCUCUCUCUCUCUCUCUCUCUCUCUCCCCCCCUCUCCCCCCUUUUAUACU